UGGGCGGUGGUACAAACGGCAUAACCGAGUGGACAAUCGAAGACAUAUCUAAGAAGUACGUCGAUAACUUCAAGCUAAACGCCUCUCAAAACUUUGAAAAAAUAGAGAUUACUCUAGUGAAACCCCCCGCCUCAUUUUUCCAGGAAUCUUUUGUUGCGUUGAUCCUGACAGCAAAGAAAGUAGGAGCUGCAGCGAGCACAGUCAUUCACCUGACUCUCCCAGGAAGACAAUCGAACGAGAUCCCUGAGGCAGUCCCUCCAAAAGAGGACAGCAGCCCAGAUUCAACUGCUGUCAUAAUCACACUUGCUGUUUUAUUAGCCAUCGUGUCAGCUGCUCUCGUCGCCUGCAUUGUUCUCCUGAGGAGACGAGGGAGAGCAGCUAAACCAGUGGAGAAGAUCAAUGGAGCUGCUGAGGCACGAGGAGAGAUGAGGGAAGUCGAAAGAAUGGAUAGUGAUCCGAGUUCAAACGGCGUCCCGAGACGAUCAGUGGCGUUCAACGACACUGUUGAGGAAAUAAAAGUUGCCAGACUGUGAUACCAUAAAUACCUGACUACAGAUUGAAGCGGAAAUCCGCUGGAAUCUGCUCAUUUAUGUCGGACUUCCGGGGAUUCAUCGUUAAAGCCAAAAAAAAAUGUCUAAUAUAAUUCAGCAGUGAAGUAACGCAACUAUUAAUGAAGGAUACUUCAAUUUAAUUCAACGUCACUUCAAUUUAGAAUUUCUUUUUGGAGAAUGAACAAAAAUUAAUCUAGAAUUCAACUUGAUUUAUUUUUAUUUCAACUAAAUUUCAAUUUUUUAAUUUUUAUGCAAACCUUCUAGCACAAAUUUUACUGGUCUUUACGUCAAAUUUAUUUAUUCAUUCUGCUGUAUUCCCUGCCGAAUAAUGAAAUCAGAGAAUGCAAAUUGAAUAAGCGAUUGUGGGAAAAUUAAUUUUUGUAUUUUUCUUGCAAUAAAUUCCGUUGAAAAUUGAAAAUUAAAUUAAAAGUGUAUUAAAAAUAAAAAAUUAAAUUAAAUUAAAUUAAAGUGUCUCUUAAAAUAAAUUUCGAUAACUUAUUCGCGUUCGAUGCGAAGAAAAUCGGCGCAGUUAUUAAAAUCGAUACAAAUUGCGAAUCAGCGUUUAUGAAUGUAAUCCUCGUACAAGAAUGCAUCACUCGAGGGCAGUCUUGCAUUCCUGGGUGUCGCUGCAUCGAAAAUGGAGGACACAGACUAUUCUGCGCAGAUAAACUAAUUAAAUUGUAUUUUUAGCGUUUAAUCUGCUUCCGGAGAAGAGAGAAGAAGACACGGGUAAAAGUCCAGAAAUUUUAGUGAGUUUGUUUCGAAAAUAACUCCUAAACUAACGAGUUUAUCGAAAAAAGCCAGAAAACCUUAUUUGGGGAGAAUUUUAUGGGCUUUAAAUCACAUCUUGUGACAUUUUUCGAUAAACCUAUUAGUUUAUGAGAUAUUUCGUAAAAUCCAAAUGCUUUUCGUUUCAAUUAAAAUUUUUUAAAUUAAAACUGGUUUAAGAAUUUUAAUUUAAAAAUUUUCAUUGAAAAUAUUUAAUCAUUAAAUUUUGUAGGAUAUCUUUGACCUCAUGGGAUUCAUCAAAGUAGUACAACCAUAACUCAAAUUUUUGAGAUGAAAAUUUGAAAUAAAUUCUGACCAGAAGUUCACAUAAAUAAAAACAUUUCGGUUUUAAUUAAUAUUCGCAAUUCAUAAUUUCAUAAUUGAUUCAGAAGUGGUAAAAUAACGCAGUCUUACGAGAAAAUAAAUUUUUCAGGAUUAGAGAGAAGAUUAAGAUACAGAAAAAAAUCUAAAAAAAUAAUAAAAAGAAAAAAAAUAAUUAAAAAUUUUAUGCUAUUGUUUAACAAAACAAUGAUCAAGUGAAUUCGCUAGGUAAAUUUUUUCCGGGCAUUUUAAAUUCAUGUCUCCUCAGACUUUGCAUGUAUUACUUUAAGUAUCUCAACAUAAAUA